AUGAAGCAGCAGUUGAGUCAGAGUGGCUUCUGCGCCGCGUUCCUCGCUCUAGUGUGCGGCUCUCGAGCUGCGCCGUACGUAUCUGAACCACAGACUACCUUCAGUCAACAGCCUACAACUACAGUCCCGGUGGUUCCCCAUACCAAUGUGACGUUUCAUGGUCCUUUCGAAGGGACACCGACAACCACUGGUGCUCUCUCGACCACCGUCCUGGCCGCUUCCAUCCCAGCUAGACCUCCGCCUCCCGAGUUGCUCAAAUAUCCGGCCGACGGCAAACUCCACGGGGACCAACCAGCCCCGUACACCCCGUCGGGCGGUAUCGGCACGAAUGGCUCAGUGCCGGUCUAUCGCGUCGCCAGCGACUUCGAUUAUCAAUCUCUUGCGCUAGCAUUGUACCACGAAUGGAUCGAGCUCGACCUCUUCCAUUGGGGACUCGCCCGCUUCCCCGAGUCCGAAUUCGAGGCCAACAAACUCACCGCCGAGGACCGAUAUCUCCUCCAGUUCAUGGCCGAGCAGGAAGUCGGCCACGCCACGAUCCUGACCAACAUGCUAGGCCCGCAAGCCCCGAGGCAGUGCACGUACAACUACCCCGUGACCAGCCUGCGCGAAUACCUCGACUUCUGCCAGAAGUUGACUCGGUGGAGCGAGGCCGGUGUCUAUGGCUUUCUGCCGCACCUGAACUCGGGUCCGGCCGCCCAGCUCCUGCUGCAGAGCAUCACGACUGAGGCUCGCCAGCAGAUGAUCUUCCGCCAAUUUAGCGGUCUUUUCCCCAUGCCCGUGUGGUUCAUGGUCGCCGUUCCGCAGUCGUGGGCCUGGACCAUGCUCGCCCCGUACAUCUCGAGCUGCCCGUACAACCAGACCCGCCUAGUGUGGCAGAACUUCCCGGCCCUGCACGUUCUGAACCAGCCGAACUCGGCGCGAAUCAACGGGUCCGACGUGUGGAAUGAGACGACCGGUGGAUGGUCAAACACCCUGUCGACCCAGGAUAUUGCCCGCUCGGAGUUCUGCGUCAACGCCACGGCCGUGGGAGAGAGCUGCGCUCCAGGGAUUACGCGCAACCGCACGGAACCGCUGUCGUAUCCUGGAAGACAGGUGUUUCUCAAGUGGGACGACCCCGGCCGGCCGGUGGGCCCCAACAAUAGCUACGUUACGGCCACCGAGGUGGAAGUGCCACGGUUCGCCGCCUGGGUGACGCAGCUCAACGUCACGUACUCGCCGUUGGAAGACGUCAACCUGUCCAACCGGACCGCCUAUACCAUCCAGCCCAAUGUAUCCACGCUUGAGGGCGAUCCGGCCAUCAACGGGACCAUGUUCCUCGCCCUCACGGAUAUAGACCUCUACGUCACCCCAUACAAUUUGACCCAGCUGAACCCGCAUGUUGCUGCGCUUGCCAUGUACCAGGCUGGCUAG